AAUGGUGGAAUUUCUUUUAAACAGAAACAUGUUUUGGUUUGUCUUAGUUAUCGGAAGUAAUUUGUCUCUACAUAUCCGCUUACAACAAGUUGUGAUGACAUGUCAGGUAGCGCUCCUUUAUGUCCUGCUCAUCAUGAAUGAAGGACUAGCGCAAAGCCAGAAACCUCGCCGGAGUGUUUUCUUCUCAGAUGUAAAGUUGAAGCUGUUCAAGGAGCCUGACUUUGACGGUUUGAGCUCUCUGAUGGUCAGAGACGACAUUGGUCGGCUCUACAUCGGAGCGAGAGGAAAAGUCGUCGUGCUCAGUUUGAAUGACAUCACCAAAAAGACUAGUGAGAACAAAUGGACAGUGAGCUCUGCAGACAAAGCUGGAUGCAAGCUGAAAGGCAGGAGCAGUGAGGAUUGUGAAAACUACAUCAGGAUGCUGUACAAUCUGGAUGAUGGCCGAAUGCUGGUGUGUGGAACCAAUGCCUUCAACCCUGCCUGCAGAUACAUGACCUUCAACGGAGGAAACGACACCAUGGAAACCAUAAUCCAGGAUGGGAGGGGGAAGGUCCCCUUUGACCCCAACCAAGACUUUGCCUCCCUGAUGAAUGGAAACACAUUAUAUUCAGCCACUGCUUCAAACUUCCUGGGAACAGAAAUGGUUUUCCAAAGACACGGACAGAACCCCAUUAAGACUGAAGGGAAACUGUCUUGGCUGAACGAACCCACCAUGAUUUCCAUAAACAUCCCUGAAAUAAACAAAAGUACAGAGAUGAAUGAAGAUGACAACGUGUUCUUGUUUUUCACUGAGAAGGCUUUGGAGGAACGCCGCAACAUGCGACUGUCGAGGGUUGCACGAGUGUGUAAGAGCGACUCAGGAGGCAAGAGAACUUUGCAGAGAAGGUGGACUUCUUUUUUGAAAGCCCGUCUGGACUGUCCAUUUGGCGAUGCAGGUUCACCAUCUCUGGUUCAGGACGUCUUUCUUCUCCAAGAUGAGAACAACUUGAUGGACAGCAUAUUCUAUGCGACAUUUACCUCAAACCCGGAGCCGUCCAGCACCUGCAGUCAGUCUGCUGUCUGUGCAUACAAGCUGUCGGACAUCCGACAAGUUUUCAAGGGGAACUUUCUGACUGAGAGCAGUUCUGACAGCUGGGUCACAUACAGAGGAGCAGAGCCUUUCCCCUACCCUGGUUCUUGCAUUAACGAUGAAAUGCGCGCCAGUGGUGUAGUGACUUCUCUGAACCUCUCAGACACAACCCUGCUGUUUGUGAAAAACCACCCUCUGAUGGAGGGGGUGGUGACACCGAUAACAGGCAGGCCCCUGCUGGUCCAGUCUGCCAGUCAGUUUUCCAAAAUUGUUGUUGACAAAGUAACUUCCCUGGAUGGACAACAGCACAGGAUCAUGUUUAUUGGCACGAGCUCUGGUUGGCUGCAGAAGGGGGUGUGGUAUGAUGGUGAAGGAGGGCGAAUCAUUGAGGAACUACAGCUGUUUCAGGAUGCUCAGCCUAUCCUCUUUCUUCAGCUCUCCUCCAACAGUGGCCAGCUGUACAGCGGAGCCAGGACUGCUGCUGUUCAGCUCAGUGUGAGGGACUGUAGCCGCUACCCAUCCUGUGACGACUGCCUUAUAGCCAGAGAUCCAUAUUGUGGCUGGGACCUUCUCCGAGGCCUGUGUGCCGCUGUUGUUGGUGCUUCCAGCUCGUCCAUGAUCCAGAGCCUCACUGAUGGUGAUGUUGGAAUUUGCCCGAGCUCUGAUUGCAAGUCAAAUAUCCCCCAUAUAAAGCUCUACAUUUGCCUAAUCUUAUCUUCAGCACAGGUGAAGCUGUGAAGAAGUGUACCUUAAAUCACUUUAAAGGUGGUGACAGAAUCAUGUUGCCGCCAGUGCAGAGCUUUCUCAGCAUUGGCAACAGGUGGAUGUGAGCGCAUCGACACAAAGAGUGAAAAGAGGACUCUUGGACAUGAAGUUGGACUUGAUGAAGACCAUUGAGGAAAGACUGAAACUCUGAAAGUAAGAGGAUGGACAGCAGAAGACUGGAGUAAAGUUGAUUUCUCUGCUGCAUCCUUCUUCUGAUUGUUUGGGACAUAUGGAGAAAACAAGCUGAGACCUGCCAUGGGUCCUACAUGGUGCAAACAGUCCAGUGUCCUGAUCCAAUCCUUGUGAGAGGGAUCAAGAUUUUCUUCAAGAGCAACUUCUUCCAAAAACCCAGGUACAAUUUAGUGAUAAUCUGUCCCACGUCUAAGGUUCCUGUGGAUCUAAGGAACUGACAACAGAAUUAGGGAGGUUUUUAACUUUUAAAAGAUGUUGUGUUUUGUAAAUCAAUGUCUGCUGGGAAUGAAGCUGGACUGGUCCAGGUGAAUCAGUGAGAGUGUAUCUUUUAUCUGUUCACCAACACCAGCAAUAAUCUUUUGAUCAACCUUAAACAAACUUAUAGGAUGAUAUGAUGCCACAUUAUUUUCAUGCUAGAAUCAGAGAAUGUUUUCUCAUUUCGAGAUAAAUCUGUCAUGUGGAGCAGAAAGGAUGCAGCCACUGGCCUUAGCAUCAGGAACGGAGCAAACGGCAGAUUUCAUUUCACUGAUUGAGAGUUCACGGUUGACUUUUAUAAUUACAGGCAUAGCUGAUAUAUGGAGCAUAAAUAACUGCUGUAGGGUUAAGGUUAGGCUUAUUCUCUAAAGUUUAAAUACUUAUUUUUAAUGUCUGUACACAUAUGAAACCAAAGUUACAUUCCUUGUUUGUGUGCACAAACUUGGUCAAUAAAGCUGAUUCUAAAAAAUAUAAUCAAUGAUUUACGGAGCCCCACUGUGUGCAUAUGGUGUUCCCUCCGUGGAUGCUAUGUACACACAGUGGGGCAGGAGGAAAGUGCAGAGCAUUCUCAGGGGAACAUACGGGUCAUGCUCUGUUUAGGUGGAGGGACUCUGGAUAUGACCUGAGACAUCACAGGCCAGUGACCCGCCUUUACGACAGCUUCUUUCCUUCUGGUGUUAGACUGAUUUCACAGGACAUUAAGGGGGAAGCUCAUACAACACUUCAGAAGUCACCGACUCAGUGAACAGUUAAAUACGUCACAGGUCACAACAACAUGCAACAUACAUGUUUAAGGGCAAUAUCACCAUGACCUACUAUCUGACAUGGUGGUGCAAUAAUAUGAUCAUUCUGUCUUUCAUCCGUUCUGUGUAAUAUAUAAUAAUCCGUGUCAACGCACAAUCUGUAUAUUUGUAUUAUUUACUAUACUUUUUUCAAAAUGUUAUUUUCUCUUGACUUUAUAAAAUGUUUUGUUCCAUUGAAUUGUUCCAUUAUCUGUCCUGUAUCAGUGCAAAUGGCAACAAAUAUCUAAUCUAAUCUAAUCUAAUCUGAUCUAAUCUCUUUGCAAGAAAAAAGGGCAAAACAAUAUUACUGGUACUUUUAUUGCUGGUACUAUUACCGUUUUGGAUGAAAAAAAAACUGCUAAGACCUACGUUUGUUAUUAAGUUUACAUUUAAAAACUUCAGUUGGUUAUUUUAUAAUUUUUAGCAAAAGUUAAUAGGAGCUAUUGUGGACAGUCCAAAGAGCCGCAGAUUGUAGACCCCUGGGCCAGAACCUCACCUGGAUCCUGCACCCUCUGCCAGACAUGGUCAGCACCUUUUCCAGUCUAUACGUUUAAGAUAUGUUGGUUACGUUGGUUUACUUUUUGUUCUUCCACUGCACUUGUAGGUUCUGUGUUUGGGUUUGGUUCUGUUCUACGUAUCCCUUUUAAUUCUGCAUGUUUGUUCUUUGCCAUAAUUUAAACCAGAAUGUGUGUAAUAAAAUUUAAAUCUCUUGAUAUGAUUGAAA